AUGGUUUUCCGUCUGCCCUCUCACCUCGAGACCCUUGUCCCGCCCCCUUUCGAUCAGCGCGUCCAGCCUCCCCCCUGGCGCGGCUCGUUUUUCGUGAGCGGGAUGAGGGCGUCGGACAGGAACAGCAGCCAUCAGAUAUCGGUCACUGCAGUCGAGACCGACGGGGAAAAGGCACAGCAGUGGCCGGACACCUUCAACGUGCGCGUCCUGCACGAGCAGCCUGUUCUGCGCGAGUUCGAGAUGUGGCUCAGGACCUACAUGCCGCCGCUCCCGCUCUGCACCUUUAUGCCCAAGCGUCUCCGCGAUUCCGACCAACACACGCUCAACAAGAGCAACUUCCACUCCUUAUCCACACACCUUUACUCUAGCCAGACCGUUGCUGUUGCUUCCUGGGCCCCGAACUCGUUCCCCGGCGGCGGAAUAAUCAUCUACCCAGCCCACAACUCGAGUGCCGUACUUGUGGGCGCGCUCUUCUUCGACAUGCCGUUCCCCGACUUCAUCACUGGGACUUCCUCUCCAAUGUCGCCCAUAACGCCCAUGGCCAUGCAGCCUUCACGACACGCGCAGUAUCCUCAGCAGAGGAUCAUCACCACUCCUUAUGUCCCGUCUCCGUACAGACACGCUCCUUCUUUGUCUCCGCACCGCUCCGACCCCAACAGUCCUGUGGAACAGCCCAUCGCGGCCCACAGGCAAGACCCCUAUCGCUACAUUAUCCCCCGCUCUGGCCAGGCAGCCUAUGGGAAUCAACCCACCUCAUCGACCACAGCCGACCCCAACUGGGGCACGGUCAAGGCCGAGGACGACAGCCCUUACAGCGCUUUCCCGCCGUCCCACCACAACCCACCAUACCCGUAA